AUUGCAGUGAAUUUGAACGCACGUCAAAUAAACUCCAGAAAAAAAAUUCAAAAUGGCAAAAUCAACAAUUGUGAUGGUCCUUUUGCUGGGAGUGGUUUGCAGUUCUUUUGCCCAACAACCAAUUUCACCCAAAUUUACCCCGGCUAACAUCGACGCAAUUCUAAGUAACGACCGUGUUCUUACCAACUACAUCAAAUGCUUGUUGGGAGAACAACAAUGCACACGUGAUGGUCGCAGUAUUAAAGAUCUUUUGCCAGACAUCAUCCAAAAUAAUUGUUCAAAGUGCGAUAAUACGCAACGGAUGAACUCCAUGAAAGUGAUCAAUUACGUGCGAACACAUAGACCACAGGAUUGGCAAAAAUUGAUCAGAAAAUACGAUCCACAAGGUUUACACAUCCAACAACUUAAUUCCGGCAAAUUUUAAACAUAUCAAAUAAAUUAAAGGGAUCUAGUCUUCAUCGAAAUAAUACCCUAAAUCGACUGAAAAUGUACCUUUAAUUUCCUUCUGUUUUCUGUUUUCUGUCACAGCAAAAUUAGAAACCCAAUAAAAUAUGUGAAAGAAAACAACA